GCCCUUGUCUUAACGGAGGAACAUGUAUGCCCACAGGACUUAAUUGUUCAUGCACUGAUGAUUUUGAAGGGCGAUUCUGUGGUUCAGUUAAAUGUGAUCCCAACCCCUGUGCCAACGGAGGGACCUGUGAGGACGGUGCUUGUUCAUGUGAACCUGGGUUUUCAGGCAUUCUCUGUCAAGAUGAGCUGACAUCUGUUGAGUGUGACAGUGGUUCAAUGACUGUCACCAUUGAUAAACGUCUUAUCUCUGGUGAUGCUGCUGAAGUUCAUUUCACAAACAAAUCCUGUUUUGGAGUCGAAUCCAGCUCAAAUCCUAAUGAGAUAACUCUGACUACAGACUAUAUUGAAUGUGGCACCAUCACCGAGGACAGAAACUCUACAGUGGUUUUCUCCAAUGAUAUCACUUAUGAAAAACCUGAAGCUGAAGGAGAUACAGAAAUCACUCGUGAAUAUCAAAUGCAACUUCAUGUUGAAUGUUCUUUGGACAAAUCAGAAACAGUUGAUGGGUCCUUCAAACCACACCUUGGUAAGGUUGCCUUCAGCGACAAGAGCACUGGUACCUUCGAUCUAACAAUGAAAAGAUUCGAGUCAGCGAGUUUUGCGAAUGAAGACUCCAGCACCGUCUGGCUGGGUUAUGAGCUCUUCUUCGGGGUAAAUCUUAAUUCUGUGCAAAGCGUUGGAAUGUUCAUUGAUGAAGCCUGGGCUACAGCUUACCGCGAUCCGGAUAGUAAACCACGACACGAUCUGAUAAAGGACGGAUGCCCGGUUGACGAAACAGCUUUAGUUUACUUUCUUGAACCGCAUCAAGAAGGCUUUAGCGUGGACUCUUUCCGUUUCGUCGGAGACCAUGAAGAGGUGUACUUUCACUCUGUGGUGAAGGUAUGUGGUGCCAAUAAGAGCGACGAGUUGCGAUCGACAAUCCAAGCUACCUGUGAUUCUAUAAAUGGGUCUCAUCCGUCUACCGGAGCACCUCCUCAAGAUCGCAAACGACGAUCUUCAGACUUCCUUUCCACUCAGACGAUCAGCAGUGGACCUUUCCUUGUCCGUAAUCCAACCAGCGAUAUGGCCACUGAUGAUGUGUCUUCCUCCAAUCCGUUUGCGAUGCUCACUCUUGGUAUGAUCGCUGCAGUGGUUGCCAUGGUUAUUCUGAUGGGCGUGGCCAAACUGGUCGGUCGAUCAACCAACUACAACUAUCAGCGUGUUUCGACCGAAACCAUUGAAGGGAUUUAGAGAGGCGAGAGCAACCAUUGCUCAUACAAAGAGGCCCUAAAGUGGAUAGAAUCUUCCACUGUAGAAUUUGAAAAUCUGUUUGCGCCUCCUCAGUCUACUUUUAGUUCUAAAAUCUAAAGUGUGUAGGUGAGCAAUGGAAACGAAUACGGAUGAAAUUAUUACUUCUGAUACUGCAAAGAGCGAUUAGUAACGAUUAUUUCUGUGAAAAUAAACACAAUGUAAUCCCUUCUUCAAAAUUAACUGCAAUGAUGUUGGUUUGGAUAAUUUAUGAUUAUGAUAAGGUGUCGGGCAUCGUGAUGAUUAUUGCAAUAAUAGUAGUGAUCAAGUUGAUAUUAAUGAUGAAUGUAGUGAGAAACAAAUAAACUACAAUUCUAAUCAAUAAUUUGAUACAUAUAUAUAUAUAUAUAUAUGACAUAUAUGAUUGUGGUGAUGGUUAUGAAAAUAAUGAAUAAGUUUAAGUAUAAACAUUUAGUAUUAAGACCGAGUGUGAAGUACGAGCAUAAGCAUUAAGCACUAAAUAUGAAUAUUAAGUAUGAGUAAGAAGUAGGACUGUAGGAGAAUAAACAUUAUAGGGGAAGUUCACCUUGUCAAAGAAGUUGAUUUUAAGAGUAGCAGAAAAAUCUAAACAAAUAUUGCCGAAGGUGUGAAAAAGUCCAUGAAAGAAUGAAAACGUUAUUGGAACUUUAAUAUUUUGAUUUGUAGCUUGACGUAAUUAUGUGAGCACUGAAUAAUCAAUAAAUUGUCAUUUUCUCAGAAAAUUUAUAAAGGUUAAUACUAUACCUUCAGUAUAUCAGUGGACUAAUCAUUUCCCAUUCGUUCCAUAAAAAACAACAAAAAUAAGUUAUAACAAACCAUUAAAGAAUUAAAUUUAGGCUUUUCAUAUUACCAUGAUAUCACAGCAUAUGGGAAAGUUGCUAGUUUAUAACGUCACAAAUCCAAAAAUUUAAAUUUUGCCAACUUUCUUAGUCUUAAAUGGAUUUUCCUCAGACCUUCACAAAUAUAUUUUAUUAUAUUUUCUGCUUUUUGUUUACAAACAAUUCUUCAGAGUGAACUUCUCCUUUGAGUGUGGAUUAUGAAAUAUGGAAUUAAGCUAUCGGUAUUAUGCCUAUAUUAUCCUUAUGUCAAGGAAAUAAAAUUUCCACUGGUUACAUUCAAAUAUACGAGCAUAUUCAUAACAAGCGAAUCAUUUAGUGAAACAAUAUGAAUACAAUACCUGAAUAUUAUUUAAAUUACGCUACAAUAUGAUCACAUUGAUAAUAACAAUAUUAAUUAUUUGAAAAUUUUAGUUUUUAUGAAUUGGUAAUUUUGAUUUAUUGGGACAUAUAAUAAUGACGGUGAUGGUUAUUUUAAUGAUGAAUAAGGUAAUAUUAGUGAUCACAUCGAUGUAUACAAUAAUUAACGUAGUGAAAAUCAUAAAUUUCAAUUAUUUCGUUUAUAUGAUAAUAAUGGUGAUGGGAUGAUAAAAACAAAAAUAGUAAUAAUAAUAAUCAUCACUGCUGAAGAAAGAGGUGGUCUGCCGCUAUGCUGAUAAUAAAACCAUGUCUUUUCUCAUAUAGAUAUAUAAGAUAGAGAAAUAAAUUGCCAUUGGGGUAAAUAAAUGCAUUACACGAUAAUAAGUUUAAUGAUUAAUGUUUAAAAUUUAAUCCAGAUUUUGUUAAAAUCUUACUAAUCUCACUAAGUGGUAAAGACUAUUUGGUCUUAAGUGAUAUCCAAUUUAUAUGCAUGAAAUUUUGAUUUCUUUCAUUUCAGAGAAAUGGUAAUCACACUAUUAUUCAUAUUCAUGUGUUAAAAGAUUGUUGGAGCUUUAAAUUUAAGAGGUCAUACGUUAUGGUUCUAAUUGAUAUCAUUUUAUUCAGUUUGUGAGGAAGAUUCAUUAUCGACGAUUUCAUCUUUUUGAGAAUGAUAGUUGAACUAAAGUGAAUCUUACUUUUUUAAAGGAAAAAGCACAGAGUAACUUCUUGACAAUACCUAAUUUUGAAGAUAUAUAAAUAACAAAAUUCAGGGAAAAAACAUGAUAGCCUACUUAGGAGAAACCAUAUUUGAGUUCUCUCCUCGUUUGAUGUAACUCUAUACAGUAUAUAGGCCUCUAUUGACCUUUACCUGUUAUACAGUGCGUUUUAAUGAUAAGUUGACAUUACAAAAGUAUUUUAAACUGAACAAUAAAUCAAUAUGGUGAUACAAUAUACAAUGAUACCAGAAAAUGGUUUGCACAAACAUUUGUAUUUUCCUUUUUUGACGACUUUGCUACCACAAGUAAAUAUUUCAAACUCAGGUACACAUGACUUUGGUCAUUUGUGUCAGCUCGACAGAGGAAAUAACAUGAAACAAAUCAUUGUAAACAAAGUUUAUUUUAUACUUGUUUUUUUCUUCAAAUCUUUCCCCGGGCAUAACAAGGAGUAUGUAAAGCGCAUCAUCGCAUAUAGUUUUAAAGGACUAUUUCACAGUUUAAACCUGGUUUUAAACAUACUGUAUGCUGAAGAAAUUAUUAUGUAACUGAUCGUUUAGCGGCAGAUCUCCUCUGGAUGAUGUGACUGAAUAAAUGAGGGUACAGCGGGAUAUGCUCUUGUAUAGUUUUGUCAUUGAUCUCGACAAAGGAUAGAGAAAGAGAGGGUGUAUGUGAGGGUGUGUGUAGGAGGAUGUUUAUGAGUGUGUGUGUGUGUGUGAGAGAGAAGGGGGGAGACAGAGCGUGUGUGGGAAGAUGUUUAUAGGUGUGUGUGUAUAAUAAUAUCGGUAUAUUCACCCUUGAUAUCAACUUCAGUUCUGAAAACUGUUCUCCCAGCGGGCCCUGCCAUUAUUGUAUGAGAGGUAGGGAGUGAGAUGCGUGUGUGGG